AUGAAGGCGAAGGCGAAAAAGAAAGAAAUCCUGGAGAAGAAAAAAAAGGAAAACAAAAAAUUCCUAAGGCUUGUAAAGACGAAUCAAAAAUAUGAAAAAUUUCAAAAAGCUAUUUUAAAUGGAAAGGGAUCCAAGCUAAAUCAUAAUAAUAAAAAAACAACACAAAAAAUUAAAAUCAACAGCAAAGAAAGUUUACCCAUUCAUGUGAAAACAUAUGAUAACAUCAUUGAACCAAAUACAUUCUCUAAAGCAUAUGAUUUCAUAUUCGACAAGGUCGUAAACGAACAUGUUAGAAAUCUCCUGUACGACACUCACAUGCUCUACUGCAAUUUUGACCUGUCCACAAACUACAAUGUAGGCAAGGCCUACAAUUUUCCCAUCAACCUAAUUCACUCCUACUACACGGAUGUGAUCAUCCUAGUCAGCGAUGAGAGCGAGAAGUGGAGAAACAUGGUCAUAGAUAAUAAAAUGAAGAGGGUAAAGAAGGUCAUUACGUAUGACAAAUUUGAAGGAGUCUACUACAAAGAGGACAUGAUGAACGAGCAAAUAAAUAAAUAUGACCUGUUCAUUUUUGAUGCCACCAUACGGACAAAGAAAUAUGCGCACAUCAUUUCCAGGAUUAAAAAAAACAACAAAACCUUCACGACGUUGCAAUUAGACGAAGACACGUUUGUGGAAAGCGUGGACAAAGUUAUAAGAAGGACCUACACCGACCUGAAUAAAGGAUCCACACAUUCUGUCCCCAUCGGGUAUCUGAGCCUAGGAAAGGAUAAGCUCUUCGAUAACAUCAGGGAGACGACAAACGGAAUGUUCCAAUUUUAUGACCAAAAAAAAAUUUCAGUGGUGUCAAUCAACUUGCGAUACGUUAACAUGACCAUACCCGUGUACAUACACGUCUUAAAGGAUGGUGUCUCCUCGAACUAUUGA